AUGUCGGUUUGGAACCCAGAUAAUAUCCGCGACAUCGCCGAAUCUGUGGGCGUUGUCAACCUCAACAACGAUGUCACCGAAAACCUUGCGCGCGACGUCGAGUAUCGCAUCGCUCAGGUGUUGGAGGAGUCGCUCAAGUUCAUGCGACACAGCAAGCGGACUCUGCUCACGACGCAGGAUGUAGCGCAGGCACUGCGCGUCCUUGAUGUUGAGCCUCUAUAUGGUUACGAGUCUACACGGCCUCUUCGGUUUGGGGAGGCUUCGUUAGGCCCUGGGCAGCCGCUGUUCUACGUGGAGGAUGAGGAGGUGGAUUUUGAAAAGCUGAUCAAUGCGCCUUUGCCGAGAGUCCCUCGUGAGGUGUCGUUUACUGCACACUGGCUAGCUGUUGAAGGUGUGCAACCGUCCAUCCCUCAGAACCCGACUGCGGCCGAUUCGAGAAACCUCGAGCUGGUAUCCAAGGGUCCCAAUGCCAACUCCACGUUGGCUGCGAUGAGUGGCAGUGGCAAUGUGGCCGUGAAGCCGUUGGUCAAGCAUGUGUUGUCCAAAGAGCUCCAGUUGUAUUUCGAAAAGGUGUGCAGUGCGUUUUUGGACGAGACCAGCGAGGAGUACAGGACGUCUGGAUAUUCCAGUCUGCGUGAGGAUCCUGGUCUACACCAACUGGUGCCGUACUUUGUACAGUUCAUUGCGGAGAAGGUCACACACAGCCUUAAGGAUAUAUUUGUUCUGACGCAGGUCAUGCACAUGGCGGAGGCUUUGGUGCAAAAUAAAUCCCUUUACGUGGAUCCUUACAUUGCAUCUCUUGUUCCUCCUAUUCUUACCUGUCUGAUUGGCAGACAACUUGGCAGUAAUGCCGAUUUGCCUGAACAGUUUGCGCUCAGAGACCUUGCGGCAUCUCUGCUGGGUCUCAUUGCCAAAAAAUACUCCCACUCAUCGCAUACCCUCAAACCGAGACUUGCGCGUUCCUGCCUGAAGAGCUUCCUGGACCCCUCGAAGCCAUUUGGCGCUCAUUACGGAGCCAUCAUUGGGUUACAUGCCGUCGGAGGCCCCGAAGCUGUGCGAGUGCUCAUUGUCCCCAACCUCGCGACAUACGCCAGCUUACUCAAGGACGGGAUCGCGGAAGAUAACCCUCGCCGACCAGAGGCCGAAAAGGUUCUGGGCGCUCUGGUCGCUGUUCUUGCUACGUUGCGCGAGGGUCGUAUGCCCCUUUCCAACGGGCAUACAGGUGUUGUGACGGAUGAACUACGAGCCCGGUUGAAUGGGAAAGUCGGUGAGCUUAUUGCAGGGAAGAUUGCAGAGGCGGGGGAGGUACAAAUGGCCCAUGCCAUACUUGAGGCAUAA